AGAUUGUUGCCAUUAAACUUGUGAAUAAAGGCGAUACGCCUGAGGAGAUAGCGAAGACAGAAGGGCGUUUCGUGCGAGAAGUAGCAAUGUUAUCGAAAGUGCAACCCAAGAAUUUAGUAAAGUUUAUUGGAGCCUGCAAGGACCCUGUGAUGGUCAUAGUAACCGAGCUUCUUACCGGUGGAACUUUAAGAAAAUACUUGGUUAAUAUGAGGCCAAACGGGUUGGAUACACAUGUUGCUAUAGGGUUUGCACUUGAUAUUGCGCGUGCAAUGGAGUGUUUACACUCGCAUGGAAUAAUUCACCGGGACUUAAAACCAGAAAACUUGCUGCUUACAGCUGAUCACAAAUCAGUGAAACUCGCUGAUUUUGGUUUGGCAAGAGAAGAAUCAUUAACAGAGAUAAUGACUGCAGAAACCGGAACCUAUUGAUGGAUGGCUCCCGAGCUUUACAGCACGGUAACACUCAGGCAAGGAGAAAAAAAGCAUUAUAACCACAAAGUCGACGCGUU